AUGGAAGAGAGCACCACUUCAAAAAAGCACCCCAACUUCACCAAUACCGAGUUGGCCUGGGUGUCUAGACCCGGCAUGGAAGAAAAAGGAAAAGAAGAAGAAUACAACGAGGUCGACCGAACAAUUCACAGACUGGCAAGCCGCGUCUCACGACACACCGUGUCCUCAGAUGUGACCAGGCCCUACAACGCUAUUUUCCAUCCCCUCCCCGGCUCGAAUCUCGACCCACAGUCCUCCAGCUUCGACACUCGGGCUUGGGUGGAAGCGCUCGUUCGAUACGAGAGCGAGGAUCUCGAGUCAGGACGACGCCGUAAGUCCGGUGUCUCCUUCCGCAAUCUCGAUGUAUGCGGCUUCGGCAUGUCCACCGACUAUCAGAAGAGCGUGGGAAACAGCAUCCUGUCACUGAUGACGCAACGGCGUAAACGACGGAUCGGUAUCCUCCACGGGCUCGAGGGGCUGGUCAACGCCGGCGAGAUGCUUUUAGUGCUUGGGCCGCCGGGCUCGGGGUGUUCGACCCUGUUAAAGACAAUCGCUGGGCAAACGGAAGGGUUGUUUUUGGGCGACGAGGUCAUGAUGAACUAUCGAGGCGUCUCCAGCAAAGAGAUGCACACUUAUUUCCGAGGAGAGGCCAUUUUUGCAGGCGAGAACGACGUUCAUUUCCCGAUGCUGUCGGUGAGGGACACGCUCGCUUUCGCAGCCCGUGCCAGAGCACCGCGAGAGUUGCCGGCCGGGCUGAAGGCUGAGGAAUUCUCCAUGCUCGUGCGGGAUGUCAUCAUGGCCAUGUUCGGCAUCUCGCAUACGGCGAACACAGUGGUCGGGAAUGACUUCGUCAGAGGGAUCAGUGGAGGAGAACGGAAACGUGUGAGCAUUGCCGAAGCAUCGCUGAGCGACGCCGCGUUGCAAUGCUGGGACAACAGUACGCGCGGGCUGGACAGCGCCAAUGCAGUGGAAUUCUGCAGAACGCUUCGCACGGCCACCGAGCUUUUACAAUCCACCGUCCUGGUGUCCCUCUAUCAAGCGCCCGAGGAGGCAUACCAUCUUUUCGACAAGGUCACAGUCCUGUAUGAAGGACGGCAGAUUUUCUUCGGACAGACAUCUGAAGCACGCACAUAUUUUGAAGAGCUGGGUUUUGAGUGCCCUGAGCGACAGACAACGCCGGACUUCCUCACCUCAAUGACCAGCCAGAAGGAACGUCUCGUGCGGCCUGGGUAUGAAGAUACAGCCCCACGCAUAGCAACCGAAUUCGAGGAAAGAUGGAAGAAAAGCCACCAGCACCAGCAGCUGAUGCUUCGAAUUGAGGCUGUUCUUGAGAUCUUGACACUCUACGAGCAACGGCUGAUUGUAGAGAAACAUCAUCAGUUUGCUCUCUACCACCCGUCUGCGGAGGCCGUCGCCAGUAUGCUAACUGACAUGCCAUAUAAAUUGCUCAACACCCUGUGCUUCAACCUCACGUUAUAUCUCAUGGCGAACCUACGGCGAGAAGCCGGGCCCCUGUUCUUUUUCCUUUUUGUUGCUUUCCUCAGCACAAUAGUGACAUCCAGCCUGUUCCGGACAAUUGCAUCUGUAUCGCGUACCAUGUCGCAGGCGAUGGUGCCAGCUGCUUUACUGGUCCUAGGCUUGAUCAUGUACACGGGCUUCACGAUGCCAACCAUGUACAUGCCUGGAUGGUCGCGGUGGAUGGCCUAUAUCAACCCGCUCAGUUAUGCCUUCGAGUCUCUAAUGAUCAAUGAGUUCCAUGAUCGCAGAUUCUCUUGCUCGGUCGUCGUUCCAUCGGGGCCGGACUACAGCGCCGCCGGCAUCAAUAACCGGGCGUGUGCGGAGGUCGGAAAUACACUUGGCUCGACGACAAUCCAGGGAGACAUAUACAUCAACGACAAAUUCCAAUAUUACCAUUCCAACAAAUGGCGCAACGUGGGAAUCCUCAUCGCUUUCUGGAUUAUCUUCACGGUCGCCUAUCUGGCCGCGACCGAGCUGCUCAGCAUGGCUAAGAGCAAGGGAGAAGUUCUCAUCUUCCGUCAAAGCCAUUUUGUCAACAAGAAAUCCACACACCGAAUGGCCGAGGCCGACGACGAAGAGGCCCUUGGCGCUGAAAUGGCCACGAUGGCACAGUCCGCCGCGACAGACGAGACGCAAGCUCCCUCUCACGAGGGCCACAUCUUCCAAUGGCAAGAUGUGUGUUACGAUAUCAAGAAUAAGGGAGGGGUCCGGCGGAUCUUGGACCACGUCGACGGGUGGGUUCAACCUGGAACUUUGACUUCCUUGAUGGGUGUUUCUGGUGCCGGCAAAACAACUCUUCUCAACGUUCUCGCCAACCGCGUCACGACCGGCGUCGUCACCGGCACCAUGCUUGUCGACGGCAGGCCCAGCGAUAACUCCUUCCAGCGAAAAACAGGCUACGCGCAGCAGCAAGAUGUUCAUCUCUCAACCUGCAGUGUGCGCGAGUCACUCGAGUUCAGUGCACUUCUCCGCCAGCCGGCGAGCGUCUCGCGAGAGGAGAAACUCGCCUACGUGGACGAAGUGAUCAGGCUCCUCGAGAUGGAAGAGUACGCAGAUGCCAUCGUUGGCAUCCCUGGUGAAGGUUUGAACAUCGAGCAGCGCAGACGUCUCACCAUUGGCAUCGAGCUGGCCGCGAAGCCCGAGUUGCUCCUGUUUCUGGACGAACCGACCUCCGGACUGGACUCGCAGACCUCGUGGGCGAUUUGCCAACUCCUGAAACGACUUGCAUGCAAUGGCCAGGCAAUUCUAUGCACAAUCCACCAGCCAUCUGCCAUUCUCUUCCAGGAAUUCGACAACUUGCUGCUUCUCACCAAAGGUGGCAAAACCGUAUACUUUGGAGCAAUCGGCGAGAGCUCGGCAACGCUCAUCCGAUAUCUAGAGUGUAAUGGAGCAAGCCCGUGUCCUCCUGGCGCUAACCCGGCCGAGUGGAUGUUAACCGUGAUCGGCGCCGCGCCCGGGUCGCAAACCACAGUCGACUGGCCAAAAGUCUGGCGAGACUCGCAUGAAUAUCAAUCUGUCAAGGUGAAACUACACGAAAUCCGGACCUCGAGGGCUACCAUAGGUGGCAGCCUACAAAUGCACCCAUCCAGUCGCUCGAACAACGGGUCGUAUGCCGCAUCAUUUCCGGCACAGUGGUGGUUCGUUCAGAAACGUGUUGCGGCGCAAUACUGGCGAACGCCGUCGUAUAUUUAUUCAAAAAUCACCCUUACAGUGGCCUCUGCUCUAUUCAUCGGUUUCAGCUUUUACAAUGCGCGCAAUACCAUUCAAGGACUACAAAACCAGAUGUACGCCGUGAUGAUGCUAUUAAGUAUGUUCGGACAGCUCAGCGAGCAGAUUAUGCCCCAGUUCAUCAACCAGCGUGAGGUUUACGAAGCGCGCGAGAGGCCAUCUAAGAUAUAUGAUUGGAAAGUCUUGAUGCUGAGUAACCUCAUGAUUGAGAUCUUCUGGAACACCUUGAUGGCCGUGAUGGCCUACUUCUGCUGGUACUAUCCCAUCGGACUAUACCAGAACGCCGUUUCCACGCACGAAGUCAUCUCGCGCGGCGGUCUGGUGUUCUUGUUUAUCUGGGCGUUUAUGAUGUUCACCAGUACCUUCACGCACAUCCUUAUUGCUGGGAUUGACAGUGCCGAUUCAGCUGGGAGUGUUGGGAACGUCUGCUAUAUGCUGUGUAUCUCUUUUUGCGGCAUCCUCGUCAAAAAGGUUUCCCUGCCUGGAUUCUGGAUAUUCAUGUACUAUGUCUCCCCUUUCACGUGGCUCGCAUCCGGCCUUCUUUCGACCGGUGUAGCCAACACGAAGAUCGUGUGUGCAUCCAAUGAAUAUGUCAAAUUCCUUCCGCCGGCGGGCCAGUCAUGCGGCUCGUACAUGGCCUCCUAUAUCUACUCGUCCGGUGGGUACUUGAUCGAUCCAAACAACACCGAGCACUGUGAAUUUUGCCAACUGAGCAAUACGAAUGAGUAUCUCAGCACGGUCAACAUCCGAUACGAGGAUCGCUGGAGAAAUUUGGGCAUUGUCCUUGUGUAUGUUGUGGUUAAUGCCGUGGGGGCUUUGGAAUGA